CGACGACCGCGAAGUGGGACGCGCAUUGCGACGUCGCGAUACGAAAGUGUACAACGUCAGAUAUAUAUAUACAAGUACCCUUUAUCUAAGGUGAAAGUCGUGAAGUUAACUUUUCACUCUUGCGUGAAUUUUUAGUUAAAACUUCACAAUCCCAACAACAACAUGUUUCGCAUCGCCAAGAUCCUCUCGUCAUCUCCCAAGACCCUCAAGGGUACCUUCGAAACGCCCUUACGUCUCUGGAUCGCUCCCAGGUACAUGGCCACGCAAGCAGCAUUGAAAUCAUCCGCGGAAACAGAAAAACCUCAGGAAACUGCAACCAAGGAAUCUCAAUCGUUCACGAUGAACCUCUUUCGCGGUCAGUUACAAUUGAAUCAAGUUUUCCCAUUCCCAGAACCCAUGAAUGAGGAACAAACCGAUACGUUAAAAAUGCUCAUUGAUCCCGUGGAGAAGUUCUAUGAGGAAGUAAACGAUGCAGCUAAAAACGAUCAGAACGCUUGUGUUGAUGAGAAAACAGCGAAUGCUCUCUGGGAACUGGGAGCGUUUGCUUUGCAAGUGCCUACAGAAUUUGGCGGAUUGGGAUUGACAAAUACUCAGUACAGCCGAAUUGUCGAAAUAUGUGGUUAUCACGAUCUCGGCAUUGGUAUCAUGCUCGGUGCGCAUCAGAGCAUAGGAUUCAAAGGUAUACUUCUGUUCGGCACACCGGAACAAAAGGCGAAAUACCUUCCCCGAGUUAGUAACGGUCAGUACGCCGCGUUUUGCUUAACGGAACCGAGUUCCGGUUCGGACGCCGCUUCGAUACGUACGCGCGCGGUCAAGUCAGCGGACGGAUCGCACUACGUUCUAAACGGCAGCAAGAUCUGGAUAUCGAACGGCGGUAUCGCCGAGGUUCUGACCGUUUUCGCGCAAACGCCCGUCACAAAUCCAAAAACAGGUGAAACUAAGGACAAGGUGAGCGCUUUUAUCGUCGAAAGAGGAUUCGGCGGUGUCACCAGCGGACCGCCUGAGAGAAAGAUGGGUAUUAAGUGCAGUAACACCGCAGAAGUCUUCUUCGAAGACGUCAAAGUCCCAGCAGAGAAUCUUCUCGGCAAGGAAGGUGAAGGUUUUAAGGUGGCAAUGAACAUUUUGAACAAUGGCCGAUUUGGUAUGUCCGCUGCUCUUUCUGGCACUAUGCGUUACUGCAUCACCAAGGCUGUGAAUCACGCGACGCAACGCGUGCAAUUCGGCCGUACUUUGGACCAUUACGGUGCCAUACAAGAAAAACUGGCACGAAUGGCUAUACUGCAUUACAUUACAGAAUCUCUCGCUUACACUAUUUCGGGUAACAUGGACAUGGGAAGCCAGGACUAUCACUUGGAGGCGGCUAUUUCUAAGUGUUUUGCGUCCGAGUCUGCGUGGUGGGUGUGUGACGAAGCUAUUCAGGUGUUAGGUGGGAUGGGUUUCAUGACCGAUGCCGGUCUCGAGCGCGUAUUACGCGAUUUGCGUAUAUUCAGAAUUUUCGAGGGAACAAACGACAUUUUACGCCUGUUCGUGUCGCUUACCGGAAUUCAAUAUGCCGGUGGCCACUUGAAGGAACUGCAGAAAGCCUUGCAGAACCCCGCUGCGAAUUUAGGACUCAUAUUCGAGGAAGCUACCAAGCGAGCGACCAGAGCAAUCGGUCUGAGAUCGCCGCCUACUUUCGGAAAUUUGGUACAUCCGAGAUUAGCGGAAAGCGCUGCGCUUUGUUCGAAGGGCGUGGUGGACUUCGGCGAAGUCAUAGAGAAUGUUCUUAUUAAAUACGGACGAGGUAUCGUAGACGAGCAGUUCGUUCUCAAUAGAAUCACGCAGGCUGCUUUCGACAUAUACACCAUGGCAGUUGUACUUAGCAGGGCAACCAUGUCGUUGAAUAAGAACCUGCCUAGUGCCGAGCACGAGGUCUUAAUGGCGCAAACUUGGUGCGCAGAGGCGUCCUUCCGCGUUGCGAGCAAUCUCCAGCAAGUCACUUCUAACAAGCACCUCGACAUUUUUACCAAACUCAGUAAAAUUUCGAGAAACUUGAGCGAUGUCGGCGGAUGCGUGCAAUUGAAUCCCCUGGGUUUUUAGGUAUAUUAUUAUACAAAGUCACUUUGCACAAAACCGUCUGUCCAGCUUCGAGUUUAUAAUCUACGUCGGAUAUCAAAAGCAACUCAAAAAAUUUUAUCUUUUCGUACGAUGAGAAAAAAAAUAUAGAUAAUUUUACGAUAUAAAAUUCUUUCACAAUUUAUAAUUCAAUUUGUAAAUUUGAUAUCACUAAUAUUAUUCAAAGACACAAAUUUAAUUACAUCUAUGAACGCGCGAUUUUGUGAAACAAUUUUAUAGGUUUUGGCAGUUUUUUCUAUAAAUGUGAGUGCGAAGUGAUUCUUUUGUUUUAUCCACGACAUGUACUUUGAUAUGUACAAAAAUGUAUGAUAGUGUUAUUUUUAUGAUCAAUUGUAAAUACGUUCGCAGAAACCGUGUCACGCCGCGUGUCAUAGUUUCGAGCAAUGAAAAACAAUGCAAUAUUAUCGUAAGAUGUAAAGAGUAUUAAGGUGCAUAUCAUAUGAAUAUUUAUGUAUUUUUUUAUAAUAGUUUGUACACCUUUACACGGAACAACGCUUCCAAAUAGUAAAAAUAAUGCGACUUGUAUGUAAUGUUUUCUUCAGAUACCGUUUAUUAUAUAUAUAUAUAUCAUUACUUUCAUUAAAAUAAUAAAAAUAGUAUAACAAAUCA